GUUGUCCGGUUACAAACAUUGCGCGGAAGUUUCGAUAAUUGCGCAAGCGUUUAUUUCCUCUCUCUAUCUAUAGGAAUCUUGCCUCUCUCAUGCUUUGAACACUCAUCUAAUGCAUGAACUCAUACUAAUGCUUUCGGUUAACAUAUUUUUCUGGCAAUUUUAUUUUAAUUUUAAUUUUGAAACGAACUGAAGUUCGUCCCGGCGUAUAAAGUGCGGCUCAAGAAGGGUUUGGCAAUGAAACUUCAAAGUGAUACAGCCAUGAAGAAUAUUGGAUGGAACAGUGGAUACGUUGAUAAUGAUUCAUGAUGUGAAAAAGUACUUAGUUUUGUAGAACCAUCAUGUCCACCUCAUCUGCCAACCACUGCUUUGCUGUGGCUGAUUCCGGUGCAGCCGGAGUCCAGGAAAGACCACAACUGCCCAGGCCUGACGAGAGUCCGCCAUCGGCGAUGACCAUCGGCACGUCGUCUCGGCGCCAGGCGCUGCUCAAAAGCAUCGCCGAGCUGGAGACUGAGAGGCGGCUGGCGGUGGGCGCCGUCUCGGCAGAGGACGAGGAGAAGCGCUGGCUGUAUGGCCAGAUCGCCGCCCUCCAGAGGAAAAUUCAGCAGCUUCAGACGGGACAGGUCGGCGAUACGCCGGCCGAGAACCCAGAGCCGCCAGUGGCCGGCUCCCAGGCCCGCCUGGAGCGCAUCGAUGCCGAACUGAGCGGCCUGCGCGGCCAGCUGGAGGCGCUGUCGAGUUCUGCGUCCUCCUCUGACGAGCUGGCGGACCAGGAGGAGGGCGGCGGCGGCGGUGGGCCGGGUGGGCGGCGCGGCGGCGCCUCCGAGCGGCCCUCCAACGGCACCGCGGCGCGCGGCCGCUCCUCCGCCGACCGGCCGCGCUCGCCGCUGCCCGCGCCCGCGCAGGCGGCCGGCGGCGAGUCGGAGCUGGUGGUGUCGCUGCUGGGCCUGCUGCGCUCGGCGGACAGCGCGCUGGUCACCAGCACCCUGCUGACCAUGUCUGCUGGCGCCGAGAGCGGCGCGGCGCUGCGUCAGGCCGGCGCGCUGCCGCUACUGGUGCAGCUGGUGCACCGGGGAGCGGCCACCGGCGACGGCGGCAGGCAGGGCGCGCCGCGGCCCGACAGACAGCUGCGCGCGGCGGCGGCGCGCGCGCUCCAUAACCUGGUGCGCAGCCAGCCGGACGGGCGGCGCGCACGGCGCGAGAUGCGCGUGCUGCGUCUGCUCGAGCAGCUGAGGGAGUUUGCCGAGAGUCUGUGGCAGCAGGUGGACGAGCGCGGCCAGCCGGGUCUCGCCGACGACGCGGCGGACCAGCACCCGGUGUCUGCGAUGGUGGCGCUCAUGAAGCUGUCGUUUGACGACCAGCAGCGCGCCGUGCUGUCGCGCCUGGGCGGCCUGCACGGCCUGGCCGAGCUGCUGACUGCUGAGCACGAGGCGCACGGCGCGCACACGGACUCGCCCGGCUGCUGCAGCACGCGACGGUUCGCCGGCAUGGCGCUGACCAACCUGACGUUCGGGGACGGCACCAACAAGGCGCUGCUCUGCGGUCUGCGGCCGUUCCUGCGCGCCUUGGUGGCGCAGCUGCUCUCGCCCAGCGACGACCUUGUCCAGGUUACUGCCAGCGUGAUGCGCAACCUGUCGUGGCGCGCCGACCCGGCCAGCAAGCAGGCGCUGCGCGAGGCCGGCGCGGUGCCGGCGCUGACUCGCGCCGCGCUGCGCACCGCCCGAGAGCCGUCGCUCAAGUCGAUCCUGUCGGCGCUCUGGAACCUCUCGGCCCACUGCGGGCUCAACAAGGCGGCCAUCUGCGCCGAGGAGGGGGCGCUGCCGUUCCUGGUGAAGACGCUGACGUACGACUCGCCGACCAAGUCGCCGGCCGUGUCGGAGAACGGCGGCGGCAUCCUGCGGAACGUCUCCAGCCACGUCGCCGUCUGCGAGGAGUACCGUCGGGUUCUGCGGCAGCACAACUGUCUGCAGAUCCUGCUGGACCAGCUCAAGUCGCCCAGUCUGACCAUUGUCAGUAACGCAUGCGGCACGCUGUGGAACCUGUCGGCGCGCUGCGCCCAUGACCAGCGCACCCUCUGGGAGCUGGGCGCCGUCAGUCAGCUGCGCGCGCUCGUGCACAGCAAACACCAGAUGAUAGCCAGCGCCAGUGGCGCCGCCCUGCAGAACCUGCUCUCGGCGCGCCCGGAGGCGGCCGCCGAGCCCUCCAGCGCGCCGGCCACGCCCGCGGAGCACGACACCUCUUUCCACGAGGAGGAGAGCGACCACCCGACCGACUUCAGCGCGCUGUAUGCCGAGGGGCGCGAGGAGGACACGGUGGUGUUCAAGAAGCCGCCGCCGCCGCCGCCGCCGCCACCGAUGGGCCGCCCGUCGGCCAGCUGCCAGCUCGACGAGGACACCGUGCACACGUACGCCACCGAGGGCACGCCCUACCAGGCGGGCACCCCGUACAACUUCAGUACGGCCACCUCUCUGCUGGACCUGCGCGAGCCGCCGUCGCCGGGCCCGCCCGGCUCCUCGGCGCCGGCCUCUGCGCUCGAGACGCCGCUCAUCUUCUCGCGGUCGAGCUCUGUUGGCUCUCUGAGCAGCUUCGAGGGCGCGGCGGCCACCGGCGAGCAGGGCUCGGUGAUCAGCGAGUACAGCCGCCAGGUGAGCGGCGCCGUCUCCCCCAGCGACCUGCCCGACUCGCCCAGCCAGAUGCCCGGCACGCCGCAGCCGGUGCGCAAACAGGCCAGCGCCGAGCCGCCGCCGCGCGCCGCCAAGCCGGCCGCCGCGCCGCCGCAGAAGGCCGUCACCACCGGUGUUUUCGAGGAGGCACCGCGUCACUUCCAGCAGGAGGGCACGCCGCUAGGCUUCUCGCGCGCCACCAGCCUCAGUUCGCUGACGAUUGACGAGCCGCCGCUGGCGCUGCCGCUGCCCGGUCCGCCGCCGCCGGACAGCGACGGGCCGCAGCAGCAGCCGGCGGCGGCAGUCAACGGCGGCGACGGCUCCGACGGCGGCGGGCAGCGCCACUCGGCCGACAGCGGCUCCAGCGACGACGGCGACGACGACAUGAUCUACGCGUGCAUCAAGUCGGCCAUGCCCACGCGCAAGUCGCACAGCGUGCGGUCGUCGCGCGAGUCGGGCGGCGGUCCUGCGUUGCCGCCGCGCGGCGCCGCCUCCGAGCCGGGCCGCCGGGCCGGCUCCGGGCGGCACCAGCACCCCCCGCCGCACGCGGCGCGCCGGCCGGCCGCCGCCGCCGCGCCGGCCAAGAGCGGCUCCCGGUCUCCGGGCGGCGGCCGGCUGAACGGCUACCCGCGGCUGUCCCCGCGCAGCUGCGGCGCCGGCGCCGACUCGGCCGCCGACAGCCGCCGCCACCGGCCGCCGCCGCCGCUCAUCGAGCGCAACGAGUCCGACUCGGGCUCGUGCGGGGACGACAUCCUAGAGCAGAUGAUCCAGCAGACCAUGAACCGAAAGGAUGACCGAUCGGGGCUCGGCGACUCGCCCUCCCGCCGGGCGGCCGGCGCUUCCUCGGCGCACCACGGCCAGAGCUGGAGCGUCAAGCAGUACCACCGGUACACGGAGCGCCAGGCGAGCGGCGCCGCCCGGCUGGCGCGCGCCGGUCUGCCGCUGCCGCCGCCGCCGCCGGCCGCCGAGCGGCCCCGCCAGUACGCCGUCGAGGGCACGCCCGUCAACUUCUCGCGCGCGGAGAGCCUCUCCGACCUGGAGCUGGAGGAGGCGGAGCCGGCCGAGCGGGCCGCGCCGCCGCCGCCGCCGCCGCCGGCGCCGGCCGGGGACACGCCGACCGUGUACGCCACCGAGGGCACGCCGGGCGUGUUCUCGCGGGCCGACAGCCUCAGUGACAUCUGCGCGGCGGUGGAGCGGCCCGCCGGACCGGACGGCCGGCCGUCUGCGGCCACUAACGGUGUGGACGGCCACGACUGGCGCCUGCACUCGAGCGGCGGCGACACGGACAGCGAGACGGACGACAUGCUGCUGGAGCGCUGCAUCAGCUCGGCCAUGCCCAAGACGAGCCGCUCCGACUCUGCGCAGCGGCGCCGCCAGCGCCGGCGGGCGCACAGGAGGAGACGCGGCGCCGGCAGCGGCGACGGCGAGCAGUGGCCGCAGCACCAGCAGCUCGACCACCCGCUGCUGCCGCCCGCGGUGGCGCCCAAGCCGCGGGUGGUCAGCGACCGGGCCGCCGCCGGCGCGACGGGGAGGACGCCGGAGCCGCCACCGACCAACGGAGACCAGAGCGACACAUCGGCGGGCGACGGCGCGCCCAAGCGCAAAUCGGUCAUCAUCACCUCCCUGUGA